AUGACGGCAACAUCUGAGCUUCUCAGCGGUUUUGGGAUAUCCACCAUAGCUUCUCAGUCAAAAGAAAAUUUCAUAAAUGAGCUCAAAAACGGUGACAUCAGCUCAGUUGGCUCGUUUCUUUAUUCUUUCCUAGUGGAGCCUUCACAUACUUCGGAAAAUGGGCUUGCUAGCGGUAGUAGCUCAUUGAAAAGUAUGGUAAAUUAUAAUAAUCACAUCAAUCAUGAGACACAUUUGAUACCUGUCAAUGGGCCCAAAUUAGAAAAAUUUGAAAUCGAAGCCUUUGAACACGAUAUUGAAAAGUAUCUUGUGGAGCGCGGGUAUUUGGAUAAGAAAACAUUGAAUAAACUUAAGGAGUGCCAUCUUGAUUGCUAUGCGAUAAUGCCCUACGUGAAACAAAUUUGUGAUGAUACCGAAGGAAAACGGAAAUUUGUGAAGAUAUUAUACGUAUUGCUAUGCCGCGGAUACGGCUACAGUGAGAUUUGUGGAAAGCUCAAUGAUUGGUUCUUUGAAAGUAAUUGUGAUGGGUCGAUUAACCCAUCUAAACCUUUGCCACAAGCGGCUCCACAUAACAUGAUAGAGGACUCUUCUUCAGGUAUUUCUAAGGCAACCAAAUUAACACGGUUAAAACCGUCUGAUUUCUCCGGGUUUCCUCCCCCAGUAAUGCAAAUGCCAACUUUUUUCAAUAACACUGCUUCUCCCCAUCAAAGGAAGUGGGCCGAUGAAACCAAAUUUGCUGCGCUUUAG